AGACCGGUGGUUCCCAAGAAAGCAUACAACAGCAUGCUUGAAGCUAGCUGAAUAUGGCUGGUCUGUCUAACUACGCUGUGCGUAUGGCGCGUCUCAGCGCACGUAUCUUUGGGGAUGUGGUGCGUCCUACGGACACGAAGUCCUUGAAGGUGGUCCAGCUUUUCAAGGAGCCACCCAUGGCCAAGAAGAAGGAGGUGUUUGACUGGUACCCUCAGCACAAGGUCUACUACGCGUUGACGCAGAAGCUACGAUACAUGGGACUCUUCAGAGAUGAGCACGAGGACUUCAAGGAGGAGAUGCGUCGGCUCAGGAAGCUGAGAGGCAAGGGGAAACCCAAAAAGGGCGAGGGAAAAAGAGCAACCAAGAAGAAAUAGUCUACCCCUCUUCCCUGUCACAAACAACCUGCAGGUCAUCGGAACUCGUCUUGUUGCCAUUGGAUACUAGAGGAAUGGGGUCACUGCGUUCGGAACUAACAUGGAACUCCACUCAGGUAGUUCGUAUUGAACGUUGAGUCACGUUGAGCCUUGAAGCAGCUACAUGUGUUUGUGUGUGUUAAAAGGCUACGUUUACACGGACUGACCAAUUCAGGUUUGUUUUCUCUCACUGUUUCUGAUCAAUCCGAUCUUCUCUGAACAAGAUCUGAUGUGAAAAGAUUUAAUGUAAUUGAUCAAAGGACCAAUUAGUGGAGGAAGAAAUGUCAGAUUUGUCCAACUGUGCAAAUACAGGCAAAGAUCCUUUUCGAAUCAUCCCACUACAGAAUAUCUUCUAGCAAAUAUUUGGUGACAAUGGUCAUUGUUUAUGAAACAAAAUAUUCUUUACUUUACAAGGUGUUUCAUUAUGUGUCAAUUUUAUUCACAUUGGUGUUAACAUUGACUGGGACAAAGCUUGGACUUAGGGUUUACCACCCCAUCUGUUUAGGGUUUACCACCCCGCGGAAGUUAUCAUAAAUAAAAUUCUACAAUAAAUAUAAAAUGUCUAGGAGGUCAGUAUUGGUUUUGGGAUUGUUUUAUUACCAUGCAGGUACAAUGAUGUGCUGUCAUACUAUGUUGUUACUAGAUAAUUACAGUGUCAAAUGUGUCCAUUAAAGUCUGCCUUUACAC